UCUUUAAUGUCCGUACUCUUCUUCUUCUCUUCACCUCCAUCGUCUCUUGACGACGGUUGCACUUAAAGAUUAUCCGUUAAACAUCUCUGCUUCACAUCUCUUUCUCUUUCGUUAUACGAGAAAGCUAGUAGCUUCAAACGAUUUCAUCGAAAGAUCUAGAUCAGUCUCUCUCUCUUCCUUUUCGCAAACCCUACAACGGAUGCGAUAAUGAAGUUUGAUCUCACUCUUCAAUCUUGAUCUGUUCUGUAGGAAGAGGAAAAAUGUCGAGGCCGAUCAUGCUUGUGUUUCUACUGGUUAUACUUAUAGUCACUUCUCAGUUUGAAUGGAGGCAACCGCUGCUCGAGCUUGAUGCUGCUCCUAGCUUGUCUCACAAACAUCAGCAGAUUGCAAAGAGGGAAGAUGCUGUCAAAGAGAAGAUCAUCUUGUCGCAAGAAAGACAUAUCCAGAGGCUAAAUGAGCUUGUACGAACUCUUCAAAUGCAGUUGCUGCGUUGCAAAGGACAAGAGAACGAGACUCGAAACGCCACUGAAACCUCCCGUCUCAGCAAACAGUUUAUUGAGCUCGAGAGGAAACACAUUGUGGAAGACUAGUUUUCAUCCAUUACAACAACUCUAAUAAAUAACAUGAAUUGUACACGUAUAAGCUGUAGGGAGAAAUUCUGAAAAUUUCUCUUUUAAAAUUCUAAACUCCAAACUGUUGUAUUUUAUUUCUAUUGUUUGUUAAAAAUCUUGCUGAUGAUUUGAUUAGGAAGAUUGCCUUAA